GUUGGACCUGUCAACAACACUACGUUUGUAGGCUCGGGACCACGCCCUCUAAGGAUAAAAAAACUUAGCAUCUCUCAAGUGAUGAUGGAUCAGGAUUACUUGAUGUUGACGUCAAAGAGUACUGGCGUGCUUUGGUGUCGCCGUUGUGUUUACGACUAGUCAUCUCUUGCGGGUUUCAUUUUAAACGAGAACAAUUGUGUGAAGAGUUCAGCGAUUUUCGGGAGGAGUUCAGUUUUGGUGGCGUGCACAGAUCAAGAGGGAGAGGGAGUAUGUUGUUUUAGAUUGCUGAGGAUUGAGCAGGUAGACGUUGUCUGGGGAAUUGAGGGGAAAGAGAAAUGGAGCCCUACAUGCCAGGACAACACACUUCGAACUGUGGGAAAAUCAAGGUAGGCUACAGUGUCGAAGAAGGUCAAGAGACCAUGCACUUGGAUUCCCGCUUGCCUGUGCUUCAACAUGCCGACCUUAGAGACAAAGUUGUCCUCCUCCGUGUUGAUCACAACGUCUUGAAAAAAGGAAUAAUUUUGGACCAGUACCGGAUCGAUGUCACGCUAUCGACAAUGUAUAACAUCAUCGAGAGAGGCGGACGGCUCAUCAUCAUGACUCACAUUGGUCGACCCUGCAACAAAAAACGCAAAACUCUGACGGUGAAGAAGGAAGAGUCUGUGGAUCCCGUCGUGGCCUACUUACAACGUAAGCUUCGAAUCAAAUUUGCAGUACCGCAGUUCCCAGUUACAGAGAAGGAAGGAAUCCAUGACAUCGACACGUCGAUAAACUGGCUCAUUCAUGACCUCCGCAACCGCAAGAUAGGGGGGAUCUACUUGCCCAACACCCGGUGGUUUUCUGGAGAGGAAGACAAAGGUGCGAACAUGGAGCGGUUUGUCGUGCAACUCGCGGGGCUUGCAGAUGUGUUCGUGAACGAUGCCUUCGGAUCAUGGCAACCCCACGCUUCCACAUACUAUAUCACCAAGUACUUGCCUUCUUAUGCCGGCCUUUGCAUGCAGGCUGAGCUUACUCAUGUGAGGGAAAUACUGGAGCCAAAGCACCCUUUCGUCAGCAUUGUCGCGGGUUCCAAGUACGACACAAAAAUCCGCCCUCUGACCGAGUUUUACAAGAAAGUGGACGUUCUGAUUCUCGGUGGAGUAGUCUACAACACCUUUCUUUGCGCAAAGUAUAACGUCAGAAUGAAGGGCAUAGAGGAAUCCGACAUAGAAUUGGCAAACGUUCUUGUGGAGCAGGAUAAGGUAGAGAACAAGAUCCUUGAGUUACCUUCGCUGGUGGAAACUGAUACACUCUCCGGCCGAUACGAGGGCCAAUAUCGCACAAUCAACACUAAGGAUUUCUCGGGAGGGCAGCAAUACGGCUAUGUCGUAGACGUGGACCCUGCUUCUUUCGAAACCCCUGAAGUGCGCAAGGUUCUGGAGUCUGCGAUGACGAUCUUCGUUAACGCAGUCAUGGGCAUGAUGCCCGCCUUCUGGCAUGGUACCAGUAAGAUGGACGAGGCCAUUGACCGUAACACGACUGCUCAGAAAUUCUUCGGUGGCGGAGACACACUCCAAGAAUUUAAGAGCUUGUGGCCGGGAUUGUACCAGGCAGCUUUGGAUAGCCCCAAGUACUAUCUCUUCACCGGAGGGGGUACUGUGUUGAAGGUUCUUGAAGAAGGGGACCCCUUCGCCUUGCCGACUGUGAGAGCCCUAAUCGAGAAUGGAGAGCAGUUAAGACUUCAGAAUGAAAGAUCGUCGCAGAUGCGUAUGUGAAUAGUAUCAUAGCUAUCGCGUGUGCAAGAGAAUUUUUUAUGAUGCUCGAUCGGGUCUCCACUCUUGCACAUCCAACGUGUUAGGAAGCAUAUAGAAAAUUUCCGAUGGACGCAUCAAUCGUGGAUUCGCUCUUCGAGGUAGAGCUAAUUAUAUCGAAUUGAAUACAAAUACAAAUACAAAUUGUAUUUGUACCAGUUUCUUCUGUC